AUGGCCACAGUGGGUCAAUUUUCCUCCAAAAACCCCACCAUCAAGCGCAUCCACAAAGAAGCGGCGGAGCUCGCCAACCAGCCCUCCUCCGAUUACCAUGCCGCGCCCUUGGAGACGGACAUCUUUGAGUGGCAUUUCACCAUCCGCGGCCCUCCGUCGCCCUCGCCCUUCGAUGGGGGUGUCUAUCACGGUCGCAUAGUCCUCCCGCCAGCCUAUCCGUUGAAGCCUCCGAGCUUUCGCUUCCUUACCCCAACCGGUCGAUUUGAGGUGAAUCGAGAGAUUUGUCUCAGCAUCAGUGGCCAUCACGAAGAGACAUGGCAGCCGGCGUGGGGAAUACGUACCGCCUUGGUCGCCAUCCGCAGCUUCAUGGACACGGAUGCCAAGGGUCAACUAGGCGGCAUGGACGCGAGCGAGGAGGCCAGGAAGAGGUGGGCCGGUCAGAGCAAGGGAUGGAAAUGUGGAGCUUGCGGCAAGACGAAUGAAGCCUUGAUGGCUGAGCAAGAGGAAGCGGUCAAGGCUAUCGGAGUUACAAAGGCAGAAGAAACGGUGCCCGAGGAGCUGAGACUUGCUUAUCGGGAAGAUUUGAGUACAAAACCGGGCGAAGGGGCUGCAAAGGGGGCUGGCGUUGCUGCAGAUGUAGCAUCGCCGCAGGCUCCGCCGACUGGGAUAUCCAACACGACCCAGACCGCCUCAACAGCCCCUGCCCCCUUAGCAACGAUCCCAUCUGUGCAAGCCCCUGCGCCGCAGCAACAGCAACCACACCCACAACAACGGCGUCCAAACGAAGUCGUACCCGCUUGGAUCGACAAAGCAAUCUAUGGCAUCAUUGCUGCGCUGGUCUUCUUGAUCGGGAAGAAGCUGGGCUCCUGGAAUUCGUGA